AUGCCUUCCACCACACCUUCCACCUGUUGCAUUGCUGCAGACGCCAUUCCAACAGACGCCAUUCCAACAGACGCCAUUCCAACAGACGCCAUUCCAACUCGUAGUGGAUCCUUUUGCGGCUCGAUGGAUGGGACGGUGCGGUCGUGCGCCGCCUGGGACGAUACGAUGAUUUCCGACAAUUGUCUUGGCUGUACGAGACGAGUUCAAGCUGCUGGCUUGCGAGUGACGAUGGUGGACGGCGCUGUUGAAAGUAGAGCGGCGGGUCGAGGCGGUGGCAGGUGUUUUUCCGAAUGGCGGUGGUGGAGGGUGCUGAAUGGGGAGGGUGGAGGAGGGCACCGGGUUUCGAAAGGCGAUGUUGCGGAAGUUGCUGGUUUGCAAAUGGAGAUGGUGGAGCAGGUUGCCGGUCUGCAAAUGGGGAUGGUGGAGGCUGGUGCUGGUUUGCGAGUGCCGAUGGUGGAGAGCGCCGCCGGAUGGGCAGCCAGGAGAGUUAGCUGGUUGGUCCUGCCAGUAGUCAUACGCUUGUCUCGAAGAUCGAGGCAUGCGGGUUUGGGAAUGGGGAUGGUGAAGGAGUCUGCUGGCCUUCAAAUGGGAAUAGUGGAAGCUGCCUGUUUGCCAAUGGUGAUGGUGGUGGAGCAGCUGAACGAAGCAACUGUGCCAGCGGCAGCGGCGGCGGAAUUGAGGCUCAAGCUGCUGGUUUACGAGUGGUGGAUUUGGAGGAGGGUGUCUUUGAAAAGUAUGGCUCGCAGCAGCCGGUUAUCAGUAGAGGACGUCCUUCCUUCUCACUGCUGGAUCCGGCGACGAAGCCAUCACGUCGGUGCACGAGGUGAUAGAGGCUGGUAUGAGAGGUGGGGAUCUGGCCCUGGCACAUGGCAGCCGGUGGGUGCUGGAUUCGCUGCUGGGCGAGGAGCCAAGGGGAAGAGUGGGCGCAUGUCGAGGAGAGAGCGGCACCGAGGGGGUCGUCUGGAUGCUAGGGUGCUGAGGAGGGAGGAUGGCGAAGAUGAAGGUGAAGCAGUGGAUGGGGAGCGGUUUGGAUGGGGAGCUGGUGGGCGAGUGCGGAGAACGGGCGCAGAUGCCCCAGAAUUGAACAGGGCGGGCUCCAUCAGCCGCGAAAUUUGGUUGAGAUGCGGAAAAUAUUGA